AAUCAGAGGCAAAGAAGGGCGGGUCAUGACAUCGUCGUUGUAGGAAAAUAAAUUGGCAACCAGGAAGUGGCUAGUAAGCUAGCAACGUAUAAUGAGCAGCUGAGACUCUAGUACUUUGACAGCUUCAGAAGGGCAGGAUGGGCAGGCAGAGGAAGAGGGUGGUGACGGGUGAAGCUGUUCCCCUUCUGCGGAAAGACGACAAGCCCCCUGCAUUUCACCGAAAAGAGAAGAAAAAGAAAGUUGAUAUUGGCAAAGUCUUCAUCAACAUCUCCAUUGGCCUUUGCAUAUUCAGCCUAAUCUGGUUCUUUUACGCCCUCCACAUGCGAUCAAGCCUGGCCAAACGGGUGGUGACCCUGCACCCGUCACCUCCUGUCCUGGAUGCCAAUAGCAGCAGUGCCAAGGUCUCCACCGAGAGGUUCUGGGGCUCAUACAGGCCUCAGGUCUACUUUGGCAUGAAAACCAGGAGUCCCAGGUCGAUUGUGACAGGUAUGAUGUGGAUGCGUCAGUUUGCCGACAUGGAUGUAAACCUGAGGCACAUUUGUGAGCAAGGGGAUCGUUUGCAAGGCUAUGGCUGGAUGAUGCAUGAUGGGAUCACCUUUGGCGUCCAAGAAAUCCGCGACAACGAUUUCACACUAACGACAGAGUUUGUCAAGAGGAUGGGAGGAGGUCACGGAGGAGACUGGACAUGGAGGGUCACUGCCAAACAGCAUAGCUCGGCCCCUCAAGCGCCAGUCAUCUCCCUGAUGUUUUACGCAGCAGCAGACAGCCAGGGCUCACUGGAGGCUCACGUCGAGGAUAGAACCCGCCUUGCAUCCAUCACUGGUUUCUCAGAGGAGCUUGGAAACUUUAAGAUCACGUUACGAAAGCCAGUUACCGGGGAACUGUUCAGUGCCAAAUAUGCUAGCUACAACUAUCUUCAGACGGUCUCUCCUGGCUUGGAGAAGCUGACUGACAUUGUGAAGCAAAGUCUGAACCGUAGGUUUAUCUACAGCCCUCCUUCUGGUGAGAAAAGGCACUACAUAGCUGUAGACACCUACAAGCCUCCCCACCAUCAAAACCAACAGAAACCUGCUGACACACGGAAAGAGAGUGACUUUGUGGUUUACCAGGUGACCGUCCAGAUGCCAUUCCAGAUCGAAGUUCUGUUUGAGUCCGGAAGCUUCCACAGCCGUCCCAACCAACUUGUCGGCUCAAUCAUGACUCAGGAGCUGGAGAGGAGGAAAGCUGAGUUUGAUUCAAAGUUCGAGAAGACUUUUGGCCUUGAAAGCAAAGGUUUUAGCCAGGCACAUAUUAAGUUUGGCAAGGCAGCGUUUAGCAAUAUGUUGGGUGGAAUGGGCUACUUCUAUGGGCAGUCUGUGGUGCAGUCAGUCUACAAUGAAUACCCGCUCUUGUACCCUGAAGGCGCUUUAUUCACUGCCGUACCAUCACGCUCUUUCUUUCCGAGAGGAUUCCUUUGGGAUGAGGGCUUUCACCAGCUGCUGCUGAGCAAGUGGGAUCCCCAAGUGACAAGGGAGGCUAUUGCCCACUGGAUAGACCUGAUGAAUAUGGAGGGCUGGAUCCCACGCGAGCAGAUCCUCGGAGACGAGGCUCGCAGUAAAGUCCCAGCUGAGUUUGUAGUUCAGCGUAACGAGAAUGCCAACCCACCUACACUUUUCUUGGCUCUUCAGGAACUUAUCGAACAGCUCACGUCAAAUCCAGAGAAGCCGGCAUCUCGACCGACCUUGCCUUUCCUUCGACGGCUUUUCCCCAGACUGAAAACUUGGUUUGAAUGGUACAACACCACACAGACGGGGCCUUUACCAAACUCUUACCGCUGGCGUGGACGUGACAAAGACACAAAUCUUUUCCUCAAUCCCAAAACCUUGACUUCUGGGCUGGAUGACUACCCUCGGGCCUCGCAUCCAUCAGCAGAUGAGCGCCAUGUAGAUUUACACUGCUGGAUGGCCUUGUCCUCAGGCAUCAUGGCAAGUAUAGCUCGGCUUCUAGGCGAGCCCCAUCAGGACUAUGAAGUCACCCACCAGGUGCUCUGUGACAACAACCUACUGAAUGAGCUCCACUGGUCAGAACAACUUCGUGCGUUUAGUGACUUUGGUAACCACACCCAGGCUGUGUCCCUGCAGCAGGAGAAGGUGUACGUGCCUCCCGGUCAACCUCGUCAUCAGUUCCCUGUGGCCCGCCUUGUGCGCUCAGUCCGACGGGCCCCCAAGCUGCAGUACGUUAAUGCUUUGGGUUACGUUAGCUUGUUUCCUUUUUUACUGCAUAUUCUUACACCGGAUUCACCCAAACUAGAACAUAUCUUUCGUGACAUGAGAGACUCCAGUAAGCUGUGGACUCCUUAUGGACUGCGUUCAAUUUCUAAAGCCGAUCCUAUGUACAUGAAGCGAAACACAGAACACGAUGCCCCCUACUGGAGGGGACCAAUAUGGAUUAACAUCAACUACUUGGCAGUCAGGGCCCUGCACCAUUACAGCAAUACAGAAGGGCCACACCAAGACAUGGCAGCUGCUCUUUAUGAGGAACUCAGGACUAACAUCAUCAAUAAUGUUUAUAGACAGUAUGUUGACACAGGGUAUAUCUGGGAACAGUACAAUGACGGCACUGGUAGGGGUCAAGGAAGCCACCCCUUCACCGGCUGGUCAGCCCUGACCGUAUUAAUGAUGGCUGAACAGUACUGAUGAACUGUAGGCUUCAUGUCAUGUUUUCUAUAUAGAUAUUGGCCUUCAUUUAUGUAGGUGUGAUUGAAACAUCAUGAUCAGGUGUAAAUAUAAUAGAUCUCGUCUGGUUGACAAACUGAAAUUAUAAGAUCCCGCUGGUAAAAUAGGCAUUUAUUAUCACAUUUCCACACUUGAUCAUUAAUUAAAAUAACAGGUUUCACACAUAUAUUAAGUUUAAGUGCAGCUAACCUGUUUUUACUUCAUAUGAAGCCAAGCAGUUAUAUACUGAAGAUGUAUUUAGGAAACGCUUAAAAGGAAAAUGUGCCACCUUUUUUAUGUGGUCAUCCAAUCAGUGCUGAUGGUUAAAGUAGUCCACUUAAAUACAUUCCCCAGUGUGUGCCCCAGUUUUCGCUAGUCUGAAUUAACAAAAUACACUUACAAACGUCAAUGAAGAAAACUAAAUUAUUACACCUAAACCAAAUGAUACAGCCUUACUAAAGUUUCUCUUUUACUCUGAACUAAGCCACGCUUAAUUGCCUUGUUAACUCCUCGUAAAACACACUUUAUUUAUACUAUAUAGAAACAAUAAAACUCACCAAACACGUCUUGGUUGAUCUUUCCACUGUCCAACAAUCGACAACUAGGAUUUAGCCAAAAUGCAUCUUUAAUUCACCGAGUUAGAUGUGGCAAUAUGUCUACUCUUACAGCUGGUUUCCCCCCACUGUAUCUCUCUGCCUUCCCGGCUGUCUGUGGGCAGCUGCCCGAUGUAGCAGCUCAUUGGCGGCGCUCACUCCGUCUACCUUCUGAAGAAGGUCUCCAGCACACGUCUGUCUGAAUGAGGCGGGAAACUGUCCUGCAUAGUAACGCACUCACGGCUCGCUCCCUCUGGGUUGUCGUCGGCGACAGCAUCCAACAAAAACGGCAAGGUUGAAAAUUGGCGAAUUUUCCUUUUAAUGAGGUCAUAUCCUAUAUGCAACUCCAUUGCUUCACAUGGCGACUUUUAAUAUGGAAAAUCUAGACAGCUCUUUGCUAUGCAGGAAACAGCAGGUCCACCUCUCUGAGGGAAGGGUUCAUGCUUCCACACUAUACUCUGUGUGAUGCUGUAUAUGAACAACGCUUAUUAGGUUUCUCUCACGUCUGGGGAAAUGAAUGAGGGCCAUUAUUCUCCAUUGUGCCAUCUCUUUUUUAAUCUUACGUUCUCUGUUGUCUUAAUGAUUGGUCAUUUUGAUAUGUAAUUGUUUCAUCACAGUCUUUAAAAAAAAAAGAAGUUUGAUACGGUGUUGUUUAACAUUUCUCAAAUGACUGCUUCUAAAAGCAGCCAUGUUUUGUACACGCAGCCUGUGGUUUGACACGGCAGGGAAAACAACAUUGACUGUGACAUUGGUUUGUUUUGUUAAAAACAAUAAACAGUUAAAAUAA